AAUAGAUUUUAAUCUCCUAAAUUGUUUGAAAAGGGGAAAUAUCUACCUUUACACGUAGCAACCUUUAACCCGGAAGCUGAAGCUAUUCACACCAACACAAACAUGGCUGCCGCAGAUCGUCAGGAAGACGUAGUGGAGUAUUUCCUCUACCCCGCGCCGGGGAAAACAGCCCCGGGGAGAGGAGACGAGAACUCCUGCCUAGAGGAGCAGGCAGACAAGAUUCUGGCCCAUCUCAGUCCGCUGUUAGUCGACUACAUCUGGCAGAAAGAACCGUUUAACUUAAGGGUAGUAGCAGCGAAAGGUGACCACCCCCCACACCUGCAUGGUAGAACCCAUUUCGGAGACAACAUCGAGGAUGAGUGGUUUAUUGUCCACCUGCUGCUGCAGAUCACGACUUCAUUUCCUGACUACAUCGCAAGGGUCCAGGACAAUGAUGGAGAGUUCUUGCUGAUCGAGGCAGCUGAACACAUCCCGCGAUGGCUCACUCCUGACACCAGCCACAACAGGGUUUUCCUGUUUCACGGCCAGCUGCACAUCAUCCCCCAGCCCCGCUCCCCUGCUGAGAUCGCCUGUGUGCCCGCGGGAACUCCCUCCCUGCGGCAGGCGCUGGAUAUCGUGUCCCGCUACCCCGGUCUGACGGUCGCGGGUAGACCCACACAGGACAUCAUCAUCAGGAGAAUAGGAAGCUACCCAGAGAAGAUGCAUGCUCUCUUCCACCACGCCCACUGUUACCUGCCCCCUGGGGUGGUGGCUGUGCUGAACCACUCCCCAGCCCUGGUGGCACCGGCUGUGCAGGCCUUCUACGAGAGGGACCCUCUGGACAUGAAGGCAUGUCGCGCCAUGAAGCACUUCCCUACAGACUCCUGUGUCAGGGCACGGGUUCGGUUCACCAGAUGUUUGUACGGUCAGCUGCUACAGCAAAGAUUCACACCAGACAAGCGUAGCGGCUGGACAGUGCCUCCCCCCUCCCACCCUGAUCACCCAGCCUGGGACCUGGGUAUCAAACUGGCCUGUGGGUUUGAGAUUCUGUGCUGCAGAAGUCCUGGGAGUCCUUCAGUUACAGAUGAUUCGUCCCAAGUCAGUGAUGUGAGAUGGCAGAGAUACUUGUCAUUCCUCACAGAGAAGGGCUACUUCAAGUCGGAACUUGAAGGAUCCAAGAGGUACAAAGAGCUGCUACAGUCAGCCCACAGACACUAUCAGGAGACGGCAACAGUCAGCUGUGAUAGAAGUUGCCCUCCCAGUGUGGACCAUGGUCAGGAGGUGCUAAACAUCCUCAGGACCAGCACCUGGGACCUGAAACAGCUGCAGGCAGCUGGGAAGCACCUGGAACCUCCAGAUGAUGACAGCUGGUUGGCCAUGACCCCUGGCGACCUUGACGCCAUGUUGGAGGAACAGUACGGAGGGUUCUACAGGAAGUCAGGUGACCUGGGAGAGGCCAGCAGCACCCUGGGAAAUAUGGUGGACUCCAUGAAGGCCUUUGUGGACAAUGUGUCCAGUCAUGACGGGGCUGAGUUCCCCAGAAUGGAUGAGGAUCAGCCUGUGGACUUUGAUGUUGACUCCUUCAGUCAGGCCAUGGAGAGAAUACUGGGAUUGACCAAUGGCAGGAUAGAUGAGGAUGAUGAAGAUGAGGAUGAUGGUCUGAUGGAGUCUGAGUCAGACAGCUCUGAGGAGUCGGAAGAUGAAGGAGAGUAUGAGAUCGGUGCAGACGGUAGUACUGAGGACACGGCCAUGACUGACUACAUGGAUCAGAUGGACCAGGAGCUGGCCAGGACUAACGUUGGGAAGAGCUUCGAGAAGGAACCUUCUCAGGUAAAAACUGCGGCACCAAAAGACCUCCCCAUGGGUGCCGCCAACAGCAAUAAACAGGAAGGUGACAUUGAAGAUGAAGAUGAUGUCACACCUGUGAAUGUGGACUUGAACCUGGUGAAGAACCUGUUGGAGUCUUACAGCUCUCAGCAGGGUCUGGCUGGACCCGCCACCAACAUCCUCGGCACCAUGGGGGUCAAACCUCCUGAAGAUGCAGAUGAGUUGGACUGAGCUAAAGCCAUCACUUGAUGGUUGACCAAGCUUAAUGCUUCUCCAAUAACAGUACACAGACUGUGAAAACCUGCCUUGUUCCCCCAGUGAGGUUUGUCCUUUGCACCAGUGAGGUUAAACCUCCAAAAGAUGCAGAUGAGCUGGACUGAUCUAAAGCCAUCACUUGAUGGUUGUGGUCUACAAUAUCGCCAAUAACUUCUCAGCACGCAGACUCUGCAAAUUGUUGCAAAGGCAGGAUAGCUUCCCCCUUCCUGAUCUGCCUUGUUUCUCUGGUAAGGUUACUCCUAAUCACACCAUGGGGGUCAACCCUCUAGAAGAUGCAGAUGAGUUCGAUUGAGCUAAAGGCAUUAAGGUUUGAUCAAGCUAAAGGCUUCUACAAUAACAGCAAGCAGACUCUGCAAAUUUUUGCAAAGGCAAGAGAGAUUUCCUCCUUGUCUUGGUUUGCCUUGUUCUGACAGGGAUGUUAAUCCUUCACACCAGUGAGGUAGAAGAUGCGGAUGAGUUGAACCAAGGCCUAAAGUCAUCGCCUGAUGGUUGACCAAGCUUAAUGCUUCCACAAAAACAGCAAGCAGACUCUUCAAAAUUGUGCAAAGGCAGGAUAGUUUUCUGGUCUGCCUUGUUUCCCAGUGUGGUCACACCUGUGAGCUUAAACCUCUAGAAGAUGCAGAUGAGACUGAUGCAGAUGAGACUGAUGCAGAUGACUGAUUUAAAGCCAUCACUUGAUGCACCAAAAAGUAGUUACUCAAGCAACUGGAUAUGGUUUUGAAACGGUCAGACGUUUCGGAUAGAAUCCACUAUCCUUCGUCAGUGACACUAAAGAGA